AAAUUGGUCUCAGUUUCCAGUUGACCAUCAAUAAGUCGAGUCUGUUAUUUCAACUUCACCGUAGCCUACUUGCAAUUUUGUUACUUAACUCUUAAUUUUGGUUUUGUUGAUUACGUCAUCAUGACGUCGAAGGCAAUGAUGAUUGUGCCGUACGAAUGGAUUUUGGAGAAUGUCGGGCAAGAACCAACGACGAUCGCGUCGAAAAUGAUUUCGUUUCGUGGUCAAAAAGUUUUCCGCGUGGGUUUGAAGAAUCACGCGGUGGAUCCCGUUUUAUUUUUAGUGGCAGUUGAUCUGAACAAAAUGGGAAUGAAAGUGGAAGACGUAAAAUUUGGAAUGCAAGGCAGUGGACUCUGCCCAGCAAAGAUGGAGGAAAUGGCACAAGAGGAUUCGAACGAUGAAGGAAGUCUGCAGCUGUUCACCGUUACACUUAACGAAAAGAUCGUUGGAAACCGCAAAAUUAUGUUUCGAAUUUGCAUCGAAGGAACUGAUUAUUCCGGCUAUUGCUAUCAACUGAGCGAUCGUCUGGGCAAAGAUCAAUUAUGGGCUGCUCUAAAAAGUCAACAAAACAUGGCGGACAUUGAAUUAAUCGUGAAAGACAAAUCAUUUCCCGUUCACAAAGCCAUUCUUGCUGCCCGCAGUCGAGUGUUUGCAGCCGAAUUCGAGAGGCUUCAACCAGACGUUCCUCAACAGAUCCGAAUCGAUGGCGUGGAACCUUCAACUGCCGAGAAAUUUCUUCAUUUCAUCUACACUGGAGAGCCGAUGGGAACACUGGAAGAUGAAGUAUUACUCAUGUUGGCUGAACACUAUAAACUUGCAACUCUGGCUAAUUUGUGUGUUGAUGCUCUGAAGACUAUUGACGCCUUAAAAAUAGCGAGUAUCUUGAAACGUUUAAAUGACAACGACGAACAAAUGUCUUCUUCCAAAAUCAUGCCGGAGAAAGAGACAGAAAUAUUUUUUGAUCGGACGACGCCUACCUUUCGAUGCAGUUUGAAAUUUAAAAACCAUGAAAACGAACUAUCGAAAAGUGUGAUGCGAUUUCAGAAUGAGAACAUCUUUAGUGCGUACCUCACUGGAGAAAGAUUGUUAAAUACUGAUGACGAUUACUUUUAUGUUGAUAACCCCGUGAUUCAUUUAUCAUGCGCUAAGCAUCGCAACUUCGGGUUCAAAGUUGAGGAUGUUUAUUGCGAGCUCAAUGCAGAUAAUGAUUGGUUGAAAAUGGAAUCGCAAUAUUUUCAGGAAAACGCGGAAAUCCUUCACAUGACAGCAAAAUCGCAAUCGAGUUAUUGUGUCGAUUUUUCCGUUAAAGUAGAGUUUGACAUCAAAACGGUCAGCACGAUCGGCAACUAUUACUACGAGAUGAUGGACAAAAAUUGGCUGAAGGAUUUAUGGAUGGCAGCAACCAAGAAAAAGUGGACGGAUGUCGAAAUCUUUAUCGGAACUGUGAAGGUGAUGGAAGUUCAUCGAAUUAUUCUAUGCGCCCGGAGUCCUGUCUUCAAUGAACUUUUAAACAAAACCACUAACACAGAGAAAUCAAUCGUUACAUUGGGAGCGGAAUUUCAGGACGGGAUUGUCGAUAAUUUUCUAAAUUUCCUUUACACCGGCUGUUUAGAGUCGAGUGCCGGCGUCCAUCAACUUAGUCAAUUGGCCACAAUGUACCAAGUGGAGACUUUGAAAAAUGUGUGCCAGUUACUUAAUGCCAGCCGACCGGAUGCCGAAAAUCUAACCGACUAUCUUCUACAAUUGUGAUCGCUGGUUCAUUAACCUUGAUUAUGUUAUUGAGCAUUCCUCACAAGCUGUGCAUAUGUCUUUAAAAUACAGAAUUUCACGUUAAA